AUCGGGAUGGGUCUCUUUGCUGGUCACGGAGCCCUCGAGCAGGCCGAACUGGAUAAUUUCGGCGUCGAUUGGGUCAUCCAUUACUCUUUCGAAGAAGUCGGUAAGGAGUCACCCCGAUCCGGUCCCGUUGAUACCGUUUCUCACUUUCGUCUUUCCCGACAGAGCUUUCGCAGGCGAUCCAAGAAUUUCGUACUUUGAUUCAAGACCUUCAAGAAGCGCAUCUCCAGGUUCAAGUCCGCCAUGGCUAUGGUCCCUCCCUACUAGUGUGCAUUCGGGUCCCCCCUGACCUCUUGGGGAACUUGGUACAUAAAUCUCGGUACGGUUGACUGGUGAUAACGGAUGACAC